CAGAAGAGUCUCUGCUAUGCUCGUGUAUAACUCAAUAUAUACCUCGUGUGUUCUCCUCCGGAGUCUUAAAACCGGGGCACCAAAACACAAGCUACGUACGUGCAAAGUUCAGUCAGACUUUGAGUUGACAGACACCACACCAGCAAUGGCCGGAGCAGUAGACGAUCUGAAGCUGCUGGGCACGUGGUACAGCCCGUACGUCCUGCGAGUGCGCCUUGCUCUCAGCAUCAAGGGCAUCAGUUACGAGUAUGGGGAGGAGGACCUCCGGCACAAGAGCGAGCUGCUCCUCCGGUCAAACCCCGUCCACAACAAGGUCCCCGUGCUGAUCCACGGCGGCAAGCCCGUCUGCGAAUCGCUGGUCAUCCUACAGUACAUCGACGAGGCCUUCGGCGGUGCCGGCCCCGCCCUCCUCCCGGCCGACCCCUACGAGCGCGCCGUCGCCCGGUUCUGGGCCGCCUUCAUCGAGGACACGCUCGUGAAAGCGAUGAACCAGGCGUCAUGGAGCAAGACGGAGGGGGAGAAAGCGGAGGGGAACAAACAGGCGACUGCUGCGUUGAGGACCCUGGAGGCGGCCCUGAGGGAUAUCUCCAAGGGGAAGCCCUUCUUUGGAGGCGACAGCGCCGGGUAUGUGGACAUCGUGCUCGGCGGCCUCCUCGCAGGGGUGCGCGCCAUGGAGGCGAUGCUGGGCGUCAAGGCCUUCGACCCAGUCACGAUGCCGCUCCUGGCCGCAUGGGCGGACCACUUCGGCGCUCUGGACGCGGUGGUUGCCGUGAUGCCGGACGUGAGCAAGCUUGUGGAGCUCUUCAUCACGAUGCACGCUCAUAUUGCGGCCGAGGCCGCCACAGCAAACUAAUUAGAAAAGAUUACCAUUAUUAUUACUAUUUUGUGGAAAAAUGUUACCAUUAUUUAUUGGACCCGGAUAACCAAAAAUAAUUUGAUAAAGCGAAGAUGGGUAGGCAGCUCUCAAUGUUGUUUUCGCCAUCAGAUGAAACUAUACAACACCUCAUUCUCGAUU